UAAUCCACAACAAAAAUAAAUCAGAUCUUGCUUUUCUUCCAUCUCUUGCUUGUUCCCAAAUCUCCAAGCAAACCUGCAACCAAACGAUCCUCAGAAUUUCAUGGCCAACGGCUCUGUUCCCCUCUCCAUUCCCGCCGUUUGAACAUCGGCUGACGCCGUGUUGACCAACCGCUUCGAGCCAAGACAUCCCCACAAGGCCAAGAUCACCAUGAUGGUGGCGGCGCCUCCUCGUGCGACUCCUCUCGUCCUGCUCUUCUUCGUAUGCGCGUCCUUGUUCGCGACGGAUGCAGCAGCGGCGGCCGGGACGAACUCGUCCUUCGUGCUCGCGGCGGAGCAGACGCAGCGGAAGGAUCCUCUCGACGGGCUGAGGUACUACACCGGCGGCUGGAACAUCAGCGACGAGCACUACUGGGCUUCGGUCGGCUUCACCGCGGCGCCGGUCUUCGCGGCGGCCGGGGUCUGGUUCGUCGUGCUCGGCUUGGCCCUGUUCCUCGCCGCCUGCUGCUUCUGCUGCUGCCCCGGCCGCGGCGGGUCCUACUCGCGCGCGUGCUUGGUCGUCUCGCUCGUGCUCCUCCUCGUCGUCACGGCCGCCGCCGCCGUCGGGUGCGCCGUGCUGUACGACGGGCAGGGGCGGUUCCACGGCAGCACGACGGCGACGGUGGACUACGUGGUGCGGCAGUCCGGCGACACGGUGGCCAACUUGACGAGCUUCUCGGGCUUCCUCGAGACCGCCAAGACCACCGGCGUGGGGCCCGUCACGCUGCCCGCCAACGUCAAGGGGAGGAUCGACGACGUCGUCCUCAAGGUGAGCGCGGCCUCCGACGAGCUCGCCGCCCGCACGACAAGCAACGCCGCCAAGAUCCGCGCCGCCUUGGAGACCGCAAGGAAGGUUCUGGUUGUUGCUGCGGCCGCGAUGCUAAUCCUUGUUUUCCUUGGCCUCGUGUUCUCGCUCUGUGGAUUGGAGUCGAUUGUCUACGUGCUGGCGUUUCUCGGGUGGAUUCUGGUUGCAGGAACGUUCCUACUGUGCGGUACUUUCCUCCUCCUGCACAACGUGGUCGGUGACACCUGCGUCGCGAUGGGCGAGUGGGUGCGGCACCCGCAGGCGCACACGGCGCUGGACGACAUCCUCCCGUGCGUGGACACCGCCGCGGCGACGGAGGCGCUGGACCGGAGCAAGGAGGUGAACUACCAGCUCGUCGUCGUGCUCAACGGCGCGCUCUCCAACGUCUCCAACCGCGACUUCCCGCCGCAGGCCGCGCCGCUCUACUACAACCAGUCCGGCCCGCCGGUUCCGCUUCUCUGCAACCCCUACACGCCGGACCUCCGCGACCGCGCCUGCGCGCCCGGCGAGGUCACCUUCGACACCGCGCAACAGGCAUGGAAGGGCUACGUGUGCCGCGCCACCGUUGACGCCGCGUCGGGGUCGGAGGUGUGCACCACCGCGGGCCGCGUCACGCCGUCCAUGUACGCGCAGCUGGCCGGCGCGGCCAACGUCAGCUACGGGCUGUACCACUACGGGCCAGUCCUGAUCGGCCUGGCCGACUGCACGGUCGUGCGGGAGACGUUCCGGUCCAUCGGCGACGACCACUGCCCGGGCCUGCGUAGGUACAGCGGCCAGGUGUUCCGGGGCCUGCUCGCCGCCGCCAUCGCCGUGCUGCUGGCGGUGUUGCUGUGGGUCGUGCACUCGAGGGAGCAGCGGAGGAGGAGCGAUGCCAAGGAGCUGAUGGCCUCGUCGCCGUACAAGUUCCAUGUGGAGGAGAGGUCGCUGCUGAAGAGCCCGGUGAGGCCGUACAGGUGAAUACCUGUAUGAAAUAUGACGCGUGUCAGGUUAGGCUUUGCAGUGUCCAACAGAGGAGGGUUCAAGCUUCCAAAUGUUUAAUCACUAGUAUGUCUAAAGUGUCAAGAUUGAUUAUAUAAAAUCAUAUCAUUAGAUUUAUUAUUACAAAUGAUUCGGUAAAGUAUAAAUUUAU